CCUGUCUAAAUCGGUGAGCUACUCACCACCACCAUCUAUGUAUUAGUCCGGUCCGGCGCCUCCCGUCAAUCAAACACGAAGAGACAGCUUUUUUAUGUUUAUGAUAAAUCAAACGCACGCGGAAACUUCUAGAUACCAAAGAAUUUAACUUGAAAACCCUAGACAUGUUAAUUUUCCAAAUCUGAAUGGAAACCCUAAUCCUUACCCGAUUUCUCCCGCUCCGAUUCUCCUCUUUCCCCCGCAUUCGGAUCCUUUGUUUUUCUCUCUUUUUCGCCGGAGGCUGAACCCUAGAUAUACUCACGUGGGCCUUUGUAGGCAGUGAUUAUCUGAUUCUGGAUAGAGAGAAAGUGAACUUUUGGUUCAUCUUGUCAAAUUGCUGUUUACGUAGUUAAGUAAGAGAAAAACGAAAGAGAUGGGCAGCUCAGGAUCAGGGGCGGUUGAUUGUGGUGUGGGGUCGAUCGUAUGGGUGAGGAGGAGGAAUGGCUCCUGGUGGCCGGGGAAGAUACUUGGUCCUGAAGAGCUUGCUGCGUCUCACCUCACAUCGCCGCGAUCAGGAACUCCGGUCAAGCUUCUAGGCAGAGAAGAUGCUAGUGUCAAAAGAGACUGGUACAAUUUAGAGAAAUCUAAGCGGGUCAAGGCAUUUCGAUGUGGUGAGUUUGACGAUUGCAUUGAGCGGGCAGAAUCUUCCCAGGGAAUGCCAAUAAAGAAAAGAGAAAAAUACGCUCGUCGAGAAGAUGCGAUUCUUCAUGCACUUGAGCUUGAGAAGGAACUGUUAAGAAAACAAGGAAAAUUAGUUCUUGAAUGCGGAAGAAGUAAAUCAUCUGCUUUGGAAAAAAAGGAUUUAGUUACUUUUUCUGGAGGAUUGGAGGUUAAUAAUGGAAAACCUGGGAAUUCUAAGUCAAGUCAAACAUUGAAGAAAGAAGAUACAUUUUGCAAAGAUGAACAUAUUGGCAAUCCUCUAUACUUGCAAAAAGCAAAAGAAGGAAACCAACCAAGCUGGGAGGAUGAUCAGUCUGAAGUUUUACCUCGGAUGAGGGGCUUGCAGGACUUUGGGCUUAGAACGGGAACUUCCAAGAGAAAGUUUACAGGUCCUGAUGACUCUGCAAAGCCUAUAGCUGAUGGUAACUAUGGAUCUCUAAGUUGUGACCUUAACGUGGGAAGAACCAGCCAUUCAAAUAGAGGAGAACAGAUGGGAGGUACUUCCCGGGCUAAGAGGGGCAGAUGCAUGCACAUGCCCUCUGAGUCUGAUGAUAAUAUGGAAAAAGAAGUUUCUACAAGCUCGGUAGAGAUAGUACCAUCAAAAUUUUGUUAUGUUGACCAUCCUUUUCAUCAUCCCUCCAGAACUGAAGAGAAUGCUGAGUUCGCAGAAGAUAUCGAAACUGAUUCUUCUGAAUCUGCCACUUCCGAGUCUCAUUCUGAUUCUUCUGAAACUGAGGCUGAUAUUGAGGAAGUAAUAGCGGCAUUCUCAGGUGCUGCUGGACCUACAGAACCUAAACUUGCUUUGGAGAGACAGAUUGCACUAGAUGAUGGAAGUGUGAGCAGUGAAGAACAUCAUUCAUCAUUAUCUGGUGAGAUAUCUCACCUGUACCUCCAAGAGCCUGUUUCUGCUAAUGAAGCGGUGUCCAAAUGGCAAUCUAAAGGGAAAAGAAAUGUUCGCAAUCUUAAGAAAAGAUCCGCUGAUACUGAAGGAAGAAGUUUUAAUGGAUCCACCUCUAGAAUAUAUCAGGAAGAAAAUGGAGCUUCUUUCAGGCAAAGGUCAUUGGGACAGAGCUUGACUUUUCAUGCUAAUGAUGGUUUCACUGAUGAUAUUGAUGGGGAAGAGGCAAGCAGACCGAAUUUUAAAAUCCGAAAGGUUAAAGUGAGUGGUGGAGGAUAUUUGAGUUCGUCGUGGGAGGAUCAUACUUAUAUGAAAAGGCACUGGGAGAACAAAGUGGAUCCGAUGUUCAUCAGUCGUCAUCCUUUUGGUGGAAGAACGAAACCCAUGUUGAUUGAUGUGGAUUUGAAAGUCCAAGUGAGUUAUCAGAAAGAACGUGUCCCUAUCGUUUCCCUCAUGAGCAAGUACAAUGGGCAGGCUAUAAUAGGUCACCCAAUCCAAAUUGAAGUGAUACCUGAUGGUUUAUCUGAAAAUCUGCUACCUACAUGUGAUUAUUGGAGCAGUGAGGCAAUAUACCAUGAUGGAAACACAGCACUUCCACCAGCAUGGAGGACUGCUAGGAGAACCAAUUCUCGGACUCCACGGUCUCAUCUGUUAUCAUCAUUGGAUGGUGAUGAAGCUUCUGAAGAUCAUGCCUUUCGAGAUGAAGGAAGAGAACCCUCAUUUGAGAAAUUAAGGGUAGGGAGUUUCGGUCACAAGGGAAGCCUGGUUAAAAAGAGCUUCUGUCACAUUCCUCGGCCUCCUACAGAUAAGAAGGGUCAAAGAAAGCCGCCAAAGAAAGUAAGCUUAUUAUCUAGUAGCCAAAAAACAAGAACUCUCGCUUCAAUUGGUAUUGAGCAAAAUCACAGUGUAAAGGCAAUACAUGAUAGCAAUAAUUGCCAAAUGGAUGGGUUUAUUAAGCGAGAAUCAUUGGGCCCUCCAACAGUGGCAUGCAUACCUGUGAAAUUAGUAUUCAGUAGGUUACUUGAGAAAAUUAAUAGGCCACCAUCAAAAGCAGCUAAUAAAGCGGUACUGGUGAGUAAUGGUUCUUAGGUUAUUACUUGUACAUUGGUAUAUGGGAACACUGAUACUGCCAACGCAAAUAAGCGUUACUCUUCUGACAAAAA